UUGGAGAGAGCUGACGUCGAAGCAGCCCCAGCAGAAGCUCCAUUGGCUUUGACUAUGUAGUUGGGGCCCUUGCUCUGGGCUGAGAGGUGCUUGCUUAUUGUAACUCCAUUUCCUUCGCAAUGAACUCCCUGGAACAGGCAGAAGAUCUCAAGGCUUUUGAAAGAAGGCUUACUGAAUAUAUAGCUUGUUUACAACCAGCUACUGGACGGUGGAGAAUAAUUCUUAUAGUGGUAUCAGUCUGUACAGCAACAGGUGCAUGGAACUGGCUAAUAGAUCCUGAAACACAGAAGGUAUCUUUUCUCACAUCUUUGUGGAAUCAUCCAUUCUUCACAAUUAGCUGUAUUACUCUGAUAGGCUUAUUUUUUGCUGGAAUACAUAAAAGAGUGGUGGCACCCUCGAUCAUAGCAGCUCGAUGUCGGACGGUCUUGGCAGAAUACAACAUGUCUUGUGAUGACACUGGAAAGCUAAUAUUGAAACCCCGGCUUCAUGUCCAGUAACACAUGGUUUACCUUUAACGCUGUCUGCUGUCAUGCAAACAUGAAAAAAAGACUUUUCGUCAGUGUAGUGAAGCCAAAUAGGACUGCGUGGUAUGCUCAGUUGUGAGUGAAGGUGUCUUAAUGGGUGAGAGCAGACAUAGGAAACAUCUACUACAGUGGCUCAGAAUCGUCUUGCCUUCUCUUCUGUGUCCCUUCAUGAUCUUUUCCCCCCUUAACAGUAUUGAUACCCCUUCAACACCAUCGGAAAUGCAGAAUAUAAGGUUCACUUGUUUUUAUAAUGUAGAAAUCACUGUAAAUAGGAAAUGGAACCAGUAUUUGAAGAAGUACUUAAAUUUGCCAUUCACACUGCUUUUACCUGUACAAUUAUUUAUUAAUCAUGGCUCAUCCCAUCCUCCACCACCACCAAAGACCUGUCUUCAGGACAGACUUCUUUGUACAUGUUAGUUUAAUUUUGUCACAUAGGAUACAGUGGUCUCAUUCACACGAGUAAGCCAGAACUUGCAUCUUACAUUGUUCAUGAGCAAGUGUGUUGGUGCAACUUGUCUUGUCACUUCCAUUUGUCUUAUCUUGCCAACAUGAGUGGCUCAAUUACUGGGAUCUUACCAGGAGGAAAAAGCUUAGCUCUGUAUCUCUUCUGGGACUUGGGUUUUGUCACUCUCUUAACAAGCCAGGAUAUAAGUUGGUUUCUGCAUCGUACCCUGUUUUGGAUUGACUAGUAAGCAAUGCUGAGCUGCUUCUUGAUAAAGAAUUGCUCAUUGUUGACCACUGUUGGUGGGAGGAACUAAUUGGGAAAAGCUGGACAGCAUGCAGUAGCUAGUAGCAUAUUUGCUUGUGAAUGAUGUAACUUGAAGUCUGGCUUAUCAGUUCAUGUAAAUGUGGCCAGAAUACAGUACUAGAUUUUGCAUUCAGCAUAUGUAAGUACAGUGCAUUGUGUCUGAAAUUUACACUGUGAUUGUUUCCCCAUGAAACUAGUAUUGCUCAACUUGAAAUUAUACUAUAAAGGAAAGUGCCACAAGUGUAUUUAUACUUAAGGUUGACUUGGGCUGUGUCCUACUUGGGUCUAGUGAAGACAUAACGCCUUGACGACCCAAACAUUAGGGGGAAAUUGGGAGUAUCCUACAGGCUUACAUUAUCUUUCUCCUCUUACAUGAAACCUUCAAGUUUUUUUCAUUUCCUUUGGUAGGUUUGUUAACCAUGCUUCUUCCCAAACCAUUUUCAAAUUCUCUUCUAAUCAUGGUCACUAACUUAUGUUUUGAGGCUACCUUUGGUUAACAGAAGUUCCAACAGAGCAGUACAGUAACUGCAAAGGAGUGGCUGGCACCCUGAGGAAUGUAUUAGCCUGCAGCAUACUCAGAACAUACUUCAAGUGAUCAGGCACUGUUACAUUUGCCCUAAACCUAUGAGGCUCUGUUGAAAUUUGGCUAUUUUUUUUCAGGACUAAAAAAAAAAAAAGCAUGUCAAAAGCAUGCUGGCCUUUGGGCUAAAGUCUAGAUCCUUAAAUGGCUUCAACAUGGAAUUUAUUAAAUGGAGAUAGCUGGAAGUGUCCUGAAAAAAAUUACAUUGUACAGAGUAUAGAAAACUCAUUUUGAAAGGUGUGGUCCCCAAAAAAGUACCAUUUCCAAGCUCUGGCAGAAAGAAAAAACAAUCUGAAUUUCCCCUUGUUACAUGAAAGUGUUAAACAAAAAUAGUGGCUGUUGUAGACAGUAUGAUUCUGAAAUAUUGACAAAGAAGAAUUUUAAAUCUAUGAUGUGCCUUUUUUAAAAAAAAUGCUUCAAGCUAUUUUAAUUAGUAUAAAACUUUAAGAGUACAAAAGGAUUAGUGGUGUAUGGCCUGUCAUAUUACAAGCCAGACUUAACAGGAAGAUUAUUUCUUAAGAGGUCCUGGAAACCAAAACUGCACUUGUGUCAAUUUUGUUUGAUCAUAGCAAUAAAACCUUGUGCUCUUUGAGUCUUUUACAU